ACCGCAUACUCUGCGUACUGAAUCGCGCUGGAAAUAAAUCGUGACUCUUCUUUCAUCUGCCCCCUUCCCCCUGCUUUUCACGCAUACUUUUCGGAGUUCCGGAAAAUUCAGCUGUUAGUUGGCUAGCAAUCAUUUUAAGAGCGAAACCUAUAUGAAAAGUGACUUCAAGGAGUAAUCUGACUGAAUUCAUAUUGUGCGUCAGAGACCUUUCAGUUUUCAAUCUCUUUUACGUGAACGUGAAUCGCGCUUGCAAAAGCACGAGAUUGUUACAAUCGAAAGUUUCUAACCUCAUACAGGCAGUGCUGACAUUACAAAUGCCAACUUGUAUUUGUGAAUAAUAUUUCCACUGCAUGGUUCUCACAGCUGGAAUAGAGAAGGUUGUAUUCAAGCUGAUUUUUGUGAAGGAUCUUUGAGCCUACUAGCAUUCGGGCGUGGACACCUUGUGUCGUGCAUCCUCGACUUCGUCGCAGAAGUGUACGAGUAAAAGAGCGACAGUGACCUAAUUUCUUACAUUUUACUUAAGAUCGUGCCGUGUACUUGUAAACGAGUCGUCGCCAAUAUAAAUGUGUCGAUCACGAUACAAAACGUAAAAAGUAAGGAGAAGAGAAAGAAGAAUCUGCGGCAGGGAACGGCUGCGAGCAAGUUUAUUUUUAGUGUGCGCGCGCGCCCCUUGAAGGCGCUGAGAGUAGUAUAUUAUAUUGAGCAAAGCGGUGGAGGCCCGAUGAAGCGGUGUAUGUGACAUCAAAUUUUAUCUUGCCACCUCGACCAAUACACCUCGCAGACCUUCCACGGUAAUUGAUCCCAACAGAAAGAUGUCACAUCUGCAUGUGUGUCAGACGUAGUCAGAAAUGGAUUUAAUUAUGUUGGACACUGAGUGUGCUGUUUAAUGUAAGCAGUUAUACGACCAGUUGUGUAAAAGAUCAAACAAUCACCAACAUCUGCUGCUGGACCUUCAGCAGUUUAGAGGCACAGAGUGUGAGAGUAAGGGAGUCGUUCGAGCUGAUAGCUUUAAAGAAGUCUAGCAAAGUUGGUGUUUGCCAGCUUAGGUGAAAAAGUCGAGAUGGCGACAAUAGAUGGGCGACCAGCCCAAUAUGGUAUCACACUGAAGCAACUUCGAGAGCUCAUGGAGGUUAGAGGUCGCGAAGGUAUUAACAAAAUUAAUAGCCACGGAGGGGUCCAGGAGAUCUGCAAAAAAUUAUAUACUUCGCCUAGUGAAGGUCUUAGCGGGUCCGAAGCAGAUAUCCAGCACAGGCGAGAUACAUUUGGUUCAAACAUGAUACCUCCAAAACCACCAAAAACAUUUCUACAAUUAGUAUGGGAGGCAUUGCAAGAUGUAACGUUAAUAAUUUUAGAAAUAGCUGCAUUGGUUUCAUUAGGUCUUAGCUUUUACCAUCCUUCAGACGAUGAAGCGCCUCCGGGAAUAGAUGAAGAUGAAGCUAAAUAUGGUUGGAUUGAAGGUCUAGCUAUUUUGAUAUCCGUCAUAGUAGUGGUAAUAGUGACGGCUUUUAAUGACUAUUCCAAGGAGCGGCAAUUCAGGGGUCUUCAGAAUAGAAUAGAGGGGGAACAUAAGUUCUCUGUUAUCAGGCAGGGAGAAGUAAAACAAAUCUCCGUAUCCGAUAUAGUUGUAGGUGAUAUUUGCCAGAUAAAAUACGGAGAUCUGUUGCCUGCUGAUGGUGUUCUAAUACAAAGCAACGAUCUGAAAGUAGAUGAGUCCAGUUUAACUGGAGAGUCGGACCACGUAAAAAAGGGGGAAUCUUUUGAUCCCAUGGUGCUUUCGGGCACACAUGUGAUGGAAGGGUCUGGUAAAAUGUUAGUAACUGCUGUUGGUGUGAAUUCCCAGGCUGGCAUUAUUUUCACUCUGCUGGGAGCUGCUGUUGAUCAGCAGGAACAGGAAAUUAAAAAAAUGAAGAAAGAGGCUAAAAAGCAGCGGAAGAAGAUGUCAUUACCAGGGGAUGAAGCUGGAGAAAUCACUGGAAACAGUCAUGGAGGUAAUACUGGAAAACAUGAAGAUGGAGAAAAUCAUCAAGUUGCAGCCCCAGCUUCCUCAGAAGAGUCCAACAAGAAAGAAAAAAGUGUUCUCCAAGCCAAACUUACAAAACUAGCUAUUCAAAUUGGUUACGCCGGUUCAACAAUAGCAGUACUCACAGUUGUAAUUCUAGUCAUUCAAUUUUGUGUUAAAAAUUUUGUUAUUGAAAAGAAGGAGUGGAAAAAUACUUACGCUAAUGAUCUGGUAAGGCAUCUGAUCAUCGGUGUAACAGUGCUCGUCGUUGCUGUACCUGAAGGUCUUCCUCUUGCUGUUACUCUGUCUCUUGCGUAUUCAGUCAAGAAAAUGAUGAAGGAUAAUAACUUGGUGCGACAUCUGGAUGCUUGUGAGACUAUGGGUAAUGCAACCGCAAUUUGCUCUGACAAAACUGGAACGUUGACGACCAAUAGAAUGACUGUUGUUCAGUCUUACAUAUGCGAGAAAAUGAGCAAAACAUCUAGCUUCGCUGAUAUUCCGAACCAUGUUGGCAAUUUGUUAAUCCAAGCUAUCUCGAUUAAUUCGGCAUAUACUUCCAGAAUUAUGCCCUCACAAGAACCUAGUGAAUUGGCGAUGCAAGUCGGCAAUAAAACCGAAUGUGCCUUAUUGGGGUUUGUAUUGGCCCUGGGCAAAAGUUAUCAAACAGUGCGAGACGAUAACCCCGAAGAAACUUUCACACGAGUGUAUACUUUCAACAGCGUUAGGAAGAGCAUGUCUACUGUUGUUCCCAGAGAAGGUGGUGGCUACAGGCUUUUCACCAAAGGCGCUUCCGAAAUCAUCAUGAAGAAAUGUGCCUUUAUUUAUGGUCGAGAAGGUCACCUGGAGAAGUUUACCAGGGAAAUGCAAGAUCGUCUGGUGAAGAAUGUGAUUGAACCGAUGGCAUGCGAUGGUUUACGCACAAUUUCCAUUGCCUACCGUGAUUUUGUUCCAGGAAAAGCUGAAAUUAAUCAAGUUCACGUUGACAACGAGCCCAACUGGGAUGACGAGGAAAAUAUUGUCAAUAAUCUUACCUGUUUGGGCAUCGUCGGUAUUGAAGAUCCUGUUCGUCCGGAGGUACCAGACGCUAUUAAGAGGUGUCAAAAGGCUGGCAUCACUGUGCGAAUGGUUACGGGAGAUAAUAUAAAUACUGCGAGAUCUAUAGCUCUUAAAUGUGGAAUCUUGAAACCAAACGAAGAUUUUCUCAUAUUGGAAGGAAAAGAAUUUAAUAAACGCAUCAGAGAUAAUCAUGGCGAAGUACAGCAACAUCUUCUGGAUAAAGUGUGGCCCAAAUUGAGGGUGUUAGCUAGGUCCUCUCCUACGGAUAAGUAUACGCUUGUGAAAGGAAUUAUUGACAGUAAAGCUACAAUAAGUCGAGAAGUAGUAGCCGUAACGGGAGAUGGAACAAAUGACGGGCCUGCCUUAAAAAAAGCAGACGUAGGCUUUGCUAUGGGGAUUGCAGGAACUGACGUGGCUAAAGAAGCAUCCGACAUCAUUUUAACUGACGAUAAUUUUUCAUCUAUUGUCAAGGCCGUUAUGUGGGGUAGAAACGUUUACGACAGUAUUGCCAAGUUUUUGCAAUUUCAAUUGACUGUUAAUGUUGUAGCAGUUAUUGUCGCUUUUAUUGGCGCCUGUGCGGUUCAAGACUCACCGCUUAAGGCAGUACAAAUGUUGUGGGUCAAUCUCAUAAUGGAUACUUUAGCAUCUCUUGCUUUAGCUACCGAAUUACCUACGCCUGAUCUUCUUCUCCGAAGGCCGUAUGGUCGAACGAAACCUCUAAUAUCCAGAACAAUGAUGAAAAAUAUUCUUGGUCAAGCGAUUUAUCAAUUGACUGUCAUUUUUACGCUUUUGUUUGUGGGUGACAAAAUGCUUGGUAUUGAAACGGGUCGAGAGAAACAUGACCAAGGACCUACUCAACACUUCACAGUUAUCUUUAAUACAUUCGUCAUGAUGACCCUGUUUAACGAAUUUAAUGCCAGGAAAAUUCAUGGCCAGCGAAAUGUCUUCCAAGGGAUAUUCACGAAUCCUAUCUUUUAUUCGAUUUGGAUCGGAACAUGUCUGUCACAAGUCGUGAUCAUUCAGUACGGUAAGAUGGCAUUCAGCACUAAAGCUCUAACUCUAGAACAGUGGAUGUGGUGCCUGUUCUUCGGAAUUGGUACUCUACUGUGGGGCCAACUAGUUACGACGGUGCCUACACGCAAGAUACCUAAAAUUCUUUCAUGGGGCCGCGGCCAGCCGGAUGAUAUUGGUGCUAUCAAUCUAGGAGAUGAGAAGUAUGAUCCUGAUUCAGAUAAAAAGCCUCGCGCAGGACAAAUUCUAUGGAUCCGUGGUCUAACACGGCUGCAGACUCAGACGAGCAAUAGAACUCUGGUGCAGAAUGUAUCUGUGACAGGCAGAUCACCCUCUCAGGAUUACUAUAUGCUUCGAGUAAUCAGAGCUUUCAAGUCGACUCUGGAAGAUUUGGAGGAGCGGCGCUCUGUCCAUAGUUUACACAGCUUACACAGUAUGCGCAGUUCACGCAGCCACACCGGACCCCGACCACUAUCUGACUUCACAUACAUUGACGAAGACCCGACAAAUACCUCGCUGAACGCCUUGAAGCUCUCUAAUAAAGGCAGCCAUGCAAUUGUCGACCAAUCUCAAGAUCAUGAAGCUAGCAACAGGGGAUCCAGAGUUUCAUCGCUCAACAGUCCCGCCUCGCCGUUGCUGCUGCACGUCCCUGGAACUGGCACCGCGUAUAUUCAUCAUUAUUCCACGGCCAAUAGCACUAGGUCCAAUAAUAUCCUCAGUCAGCCCUUGAGCCCCAAUCAAACAAUGCAUACGAGUAAUAGCGAAGAUAAUACCGCCAACUCACUUCGAAUUAGUUCUACUAAUUUGAUCCUUCCUGAAAUGCCUAAGCUUGUGCACGAGACAAGUAUUUAGGUUGAACUGGUGUGUUAGUAGUUCGCUGCAAACGUUUUUUUACCACAUUCAUUUCAGGAAACAUUAUUCUCUUCGUACGCUCAUUUGCACCUUUUCGUAUUCAUGCUUGCAUUAAUCAUUAAAUUCUUACAUCAUAUCAUGUACCCCACUCUCGUCUCGUGCCUCUUGUACUCUCUUGUACUCUACCGCUAGUACCGAAUUCAUUUUCAACUUCUUCUAAUAAUCGUACUGCUAUCUGUCACUGCAACAAAAAUUUCUUUCCUACCAUUAUUAUUUCUACUUCAUCUCUAACGAAGGGACUGUAGCAAAUUUUUCAGGAUACCGCCUCUACGUAAGUACUCUCUAACAUGAAUGUACACAGAAUAUGUAGCUAGAAAUAUGACCAAACGAACAGAAAACACAUCAUUCGUCAUUUCUGUAUCCAGUUUUUUGUCGUUUAAUCAGGGAGUUAUUCUGCUCGAUACUGAUGGACCAGGUUCAAUUUCUCUGUCAAAUAAACCUCAAACACCAUGCUUUUUAUACAUAAAUACAUACGUACAUUCAUACAUAAAUACGUGCACAAAUAGAUACAUAAAUACUUGUACACUUAUAUACAUGUAUACAUACAUGGGCCCUGCUUUUACUGCUUUCUCUUUUAAAGACGGAAGGUACAUUCUAGACAGCCUUUCUUUCUUGGACCAAAGCAAAGAUAGAAAACCUCGAAGAAGUUAACGGACCUCAAACUAUAGAAAUAUCCCGAAUCUGUUUAUCACAUGAAGGUAUCCUCUCGAACAAAAAAAGGUCCGCUAAAUUACAUACACUUUCGUCUCUGUUUAUAUAAUUCACACAUCCUAUCACACUAAACUCUCGUUCAUUUUACUGAGAAAAUAACUAAUUGACAACCCUGAAAUAUCUGCAGGCCCAACUUAAUCUGAUCGAGAUCCUUUAUUGCUCGUUCAUCUGCCCUGCUUGUUUGCCUGUUGAUUUGGAAUUUAUUUUUAACGUGACUGCUACAAUAAGAACCAACUGAUCGUUAGGUCGAGGUGAAAAUGUUUAAAAUGUACGGGUUGUCAACCGAAAAAGGUGUAAAAAAUCAUUUAUGAAAUAUUUAAUAUCUUCUCUCCGGUUUUGGGGUUUGUACAUUUAAAUUUUGGGAAAUUAAUAAAAAUGUCCUAUUGAUUAAAAAAUGAUGGGAAAAUUGUUGUAUGUACAGUUUUUGAUAUUAAAGAAUAAUAAAAAUUAUAAAAAUAAAAAAGUUAUCGUACCUGAAAUGUCUUCAGUUGAAAUUUAAAAAAAAACAUUAUUUUAUUCUUUUCUCUUUAAAUAAAAAAUUGUCCUUAGUGUUUAAAAGUCCAAAAAUCGCGAAAAUGUCCACAAUCAUAAAAUUUCUAAAUCACGAAGUAAAAUUUUCGAAAGAACUGCUUGCAAAGUUCGGUCUGUGCCCUGCAGAGCGUGCUCUAAGUGCCCGAUUCUUAAAUUCACACACUAGCAUCACAAUAUACUAUUUCCGAAAAAGCAAAGGAAAAAAUUUUUUUUUGGUUCAAAUGUAAAAAAUGUAAGGUUCCAUAUUUUCAACUUUAAUAUUAUUUAUUAUAAUUUUUUAACCAAUAGGACUUUUCUGCUUCAAAAAUCGGAAUUUCCAAAUCCAAAAACCAAAAAGAAGAAAUUAACCGAUUAACUUUUUUUUACGUUUUUGAAAGCCAACCCACAGACUUUUUUCACAAGCUCGAAACGCGUCGAAUAUUUUUAACAAUUUCACUCCGCCGUACUGUUUGGCGUUACUUUUAUAUUCAAUUGUGCCUGUUUAUGUACAUAUAACUAUGAUACGAUCAUUAACUCAAUUUUUUUGUCACAGUUUCAAGUUUUGAGGAACGAGACGAUAGUAAGGGAAGCCUGUUAAAACAUUAAUUGCUUUUGCAUCUUCGUGCUUUUAAAUCUCUCUUUAAAACAACUGUGCAACAUAAGCCUUCGUCUAUAUUUCGGCUUGGACAAAAAAUGCAUCAUCUUUUUUUCUCGCAAAUGUACUUAGCAAUAUGAAUCAGUCCGGUUCUUUUUCUAAUUCACCAAUCGAAACCUCAUCAUUGGGAUGAAGGGGCUCACAGAGGCAUGACAGAAUAUUUAACUGAUUAUCUGUUGCAAUUUUAUUUAACAUUUUAACAAUCGAAUAAAAAUAUCUUUAUAAUUAACCAAACCGGUCAUUCUUCGACCCAUGGAUUGCAACCCAUGGAUAUAAGAACACAAAGGGAUACAUUUUCGUUCCAGUUGUUUUUAAGUAAGUUUUAUUAAUUUAAUAUUAUUUUUAUUUUAAGAUAGUACUAUAUUUCUCCUGAAUAUGUACAUUAUUGAGCAACUAAAUUCACUUGGAAAUCAUAAUAGGCCAAUGUUUGAUCGAGAUAACCCCUUAUCGCGAAGUUACAGUCCCUAGCCACAUUCUUAGACCAAAACUGAAAUAUCAUCUUUUCGCAAUUUUAACUGCAAUAUACAUUAAUUUUUAAAUCGUUUUUGUUAAAUUAUGAGAAGGCAAAUAUAAUAUAAUUAUUUUUAUUCAAAUUUGAGUGAUUUACAUUGGGAUGUAGCACUUUUUUCAAUGAAACACAAGUUUUACUGAAAUCAGUAUUUUGUAUGACCACCUUAAGCAGCCAACACAGCUUUGAUGUAACGAGGCAUGCUGUCUAUACAAUUCUCAAUUUUUCUUCCUAUCUCUACUUUACGUUGUCAAGUGUCAUUGAGUAUAUGAAUCAGUGCUUCGUUUGUUGUAGGAUCGUGUUUACACACUUCAAGAUUUCUUGAAGUAACAAACAUUCUCGAUAGAAUUCAUAUCUGAAGAAUUUCACGGCCAGUCAAGAGCAGUUACUUUUUUCUUUCCUGAUAUGUUCAAACGUGAUAAGUCUUUCAAAAAUUACGUAAAAUGUUACUAUAGGUAUGAAAAUACAAGUAAUGUUAAGGCGUUCUAACGAUCUUACAUUAAAACAACAAAAAUAAUGUGAAAUAUUUAUUUCUUAGGUUUUG